AUGUCCGACAUCCGAUCCGUAUGGUUAGAGAAACUGAGAGCCAGCCAGGCUGCUCCGUUGCCUGAGUUAGAGCCAGGCGAUGUGAGCGGACAAACGGUCGUCGUGACUGGGGGAAAUACCGGUAUCGGCUACGGAAUCGCCAAAUACUACGCCUCACACGGCGCCGCGAAGGUCGUCCUAGCCUGCCGCAACGAGUCCAAAGGACGUGCGGCGGCGGAGGCUUUGACGAACGAGGCGAAGAGAGAACCGGGAGCGGUCGAGUAUUGGCACCUUGAUUUGGUGUCGCUGGCCUCUGUGUGUGCGUUCGCGAGAACGUAUGAGGAGAGUGGCAUGUCAUUGCAUAGGUUGUUCCAGAAUGCGGCGGUUAAUUGUGUGGGGAAGAUCUAUACGGAGGAUGGAUUCGAUAUGGUUCUGCAGGUGAACCAUCUCAGCCCGAUCUACCUCUCCAUCCUCCUCUUCCCCAUCCUCGAAAAGACAGGGAUCUCAAGCGGCGUGGACAAGCCCGCGCGCAUCGUCUGGACAUCGACCUCAGGCGUCUACAUGGGCGAACUCCCAGAAGCGUCUUCGCCGCAUCCCGUCGAAGCAUUCUCGAAGCGGGAUAUCCUACCACAUGAGGAAUAUAUUCACGAGGUAGAACAUUACGGGAUGUCAAAGCUCAUCGCGUUCAUAUGCGCCAGCGAGCUCGUGCGCCAGAUGCAGGCCUCUGAAUCUUCUCCUUCCGAGACGCCGUGUGUUGUGUUGGGAAAGGCGAAUCCGGGACUGGUGCGCACGGAAUUGGGACAGAAGAACGUGGAGGGCGAGGAUUUUAGGCCGAGAGAUAUAGAGCGUAAGUACGGUGUUAGGGCGAGGACGUGGGACGAGGGCGCGAGGGCGGUGGUGCUGCUGGGGACGUACCCGGUGGACAAGAUAUGGGCGAAGGGGACGGGCAGGGUUCCGUUUUAUGAUGAUAUGAAGGAGAGAGAGGAUAGGCCGGUGCAGUUGGAGGAUGAAGAUUUGAGGAGGCGCAUUUGGGAGGAUACGGUGAGGAUGGUAGGACUGGGGGCGGGGGACGUGGAUGCACGGUUUUUGGCUUGA